AUGUAUCAGAUCGUACUGUACGCCGUGCUGGCUUGCGUAUCGGCCGGCAGCGAGAAGCGCGACAAGAGAGGCCUCCUCGGCGGUCUGUACUCCGGUGACUCGUAUGGCGCAUUGUACGGCGGUGGCCUGUUGGGCUACGGAAGCGGCCUCGCGGGCCACGGAGGCUACUCCUUGGGCUACUCAGCGCCCACACUCCUGCAUUCGUCACCCGCCCUAUUAAGCUCCUCGCCCGCACUAUUGCACUCAUCACCCGCACUACUAAGCUCCUCGCCUGCACUAUUGCACUCAGCACCCACCCUGGUCAGCUCUGAGCAUGCACUCCUGCACUCAGCACCCACCCUGCUCAGUUCUUCUCCCGCCUUGAUAAGUUCUGCCCCUGCCGUGAUCCACUCCGCCCCCGCAGCUAAACUCGUCUCAGUCAACAAAGUGGUGAACAAGGAGCACAUCGUCGACGUCCCGCAGGUGGUGAAAGUGCGCAAGGUGGUGUCCGUACCUCAAGUGGUGUCUGUCAACAAGCUGGUGGCUGCUCCCAGCUAUGCCUACAGUGGCCUGGCCUCAGACUAUGGAUACGGGCUAGGCUACGGUUCGAUCUAUGGUUCCGGCCACGGUUAUGGCUCUAACUACGGCUCCGGCUACUCUACUGGCUUGUGG